UGAUCGUGCCGCUCUUAUCUAACGUCGUGUUUUAUUUACACGUCAAAAUUACUCUUGGUGUUCAAUAGCACAAUUUGGAAAACGAUAAAUGUUGAGAAAGAAGAAAGACUAUAUAUAUAUAUAUAUAUAUAUAUACACGUUACGUUAGCUUGUACCAACAUUCCGUUACUACUGCCGAAAUUUGUGGACACAGCUUAACGAUUGGUGAAACAAAAAGAAAAAUACGAAACGGGAACUUCUUGUAUAAUGUAUUUGUACACGAGCAUGUGAUGUUAAAUUCGAGUACCGGUGCCGUUGAUGAAUGGAAUUUUAAGAGCAGGAUUGUACCUGUUUGAUACGAAGGUCCCCGUUUAAAUUUAGCGGGAAGGACACCAUACUGACUCGUUCGGCCACGAAAGGCGCUUCGUUUCAAUAUCCUCGUCGAUGAGACGGCAGAUUGUCCGACUUGCAUCCCAGGAGUCGAAGGAAGUCGGCGGAUUGUCCGAAUCCCUGGUUUGUUGAUUUUAAGUUACCAUAAAAAGUAUCAUGGCGUCUAGGAGCCAUGUGGACAACACGGUGAAUGAGCGCCGUUUGCGGCCGAUUUACGACUGGUUGGACAAUGGGAACAAUAAGAAGGCCCUCCAGGAGGCGGACAAGGUGCUUAGGAAACAACCGGGUAAUCAGUGCGCCAGGGUGCUCAAGGCUCUGGCCUUGUUGCGGCUGGGCAAGCAGGAUGAGUGCCAAGUUAUCAUGGACAAAGUACAGUCUGAGAUACCCUGUGAGGAUUCUACUCUACAGGCGAUGAGUAUUUGCUACAGAGAGACACUUCAGCCUGACAAAAUUAGCGAGGUUUAUGAAGCUGCUGCAAAAGCCGAUCCACAUAACGAGGAGCUCCUGACGCAUCUUUUCAUGUCGUACGUUCGCCUUGGUGAUUAUAAGAAACAGCAACAAACUGCCCUGGCCUUGUAUAAAGUAAAACCUAAGAAUCCAUAUUAUUUUUGGGCUGUUAUGAGUAUAGUGAUGCAAGCUACUCAUUCAGAUGAAAAGCUAGCAAAAGGAGUUACACUGCCUUUGGCGGAAAGAAUGGUCCUAAAGUUAGUAAAGGAAGGCAAGAUGGAAGCGGAGCAAGAAGUGCAGCUUUACCUGAUGAUUUUAGAACUACAAGACAAACACGAAGAGAUAUUAAAUGUAUUGUCUAGUCCCUUAGCUUCGUAUCUUUCAUAUGUGCCACAACGAAGGGCCACACUUUUAUUGAAGUUGGAACGUUUUCCCGAAGCUGCUGAAGCAUACCAAGAACUUAUAAGGAAAAACACUGACAAUUGGGCAUUUUAUCAAAAUUACCUUUCGAUGGCCUUAAAGUUUCAACAACCGACGGAAUGCUUGGAUUUUUUUAACGAUAUUAUUAACAUGUCCGAGAACAAGAUCCGCGCGCCGUACUUGGCACGCUUGGAAUUACUGAAACGUACCUGUACUGGCGAAGAUGAUGCGCAGUACAGUUUGCAAUCUGUGAAUCUUAUGCACCAACAUUUUUCACAAUUUGGAGAAAAAGGCUGUGUAGUUAGUGACUUGCAAUUAUAUCUAAAUAUACUCACACCCAAGGGCAAAAUGGAGUUAUUGGAAAGGAUUGAGAAAGAUGUUGGCGUCGCGCCAGACAAGUUUCCCACCACCGUACAGCAGAUCCAAAGGCACAUCCACUUGGAGCAGUUGCGACGUAUCUGCGGUUUCCACCAUCCUCCUUUGGCGGACAGAAAUAAACAGGAGGAACUGAUAAAGCGGCUGUGUGAUCUGUAUGAGAAGGCCAACGAGCUAUGCCCGGUGCAGGAAAGAUUGCCGACCGACUUUUGCCCGGCGGAUUCGUACAUUCUAUUAGCUUCGCAUCUGCUGCAUCAAUUAUGGGUUGACACUAAUGACUCGUCUUUCCUUUACAGGGCGAUAUCGUUGUUGGAACGUUGCCUCCUGUCGAGUCCUGCAAAUUUUCAUGUAAAAAUUCUGCUCGUGCGGAUAUACUUGGAGGUCGGUUUGGUGGUAGCGGCCGACCGUGCGUUCACGUUGCUCGACGUCAAGCACCUGCAGCUAGACUCGCUGGGUCACCUCCACGUGCCUCUUCUCGCGCCUCUCGGCGACUUGACGCUGGCCUCGACGACUCUUGAUCAUACAGCGAAGUUUUUCAUAGCCAAUUACAAGGAUAGUGCGGAUCACUUAACGUUUGCGUACAAAUACGGGAGUUUUGUAAAGAUACAGGAAUUUGUGGAGUUGAGAGAACGCCUAGAAAAUUCGUUUCACUUCGCUACGACGACUGUAGAUAAAAUGCUGCUCGAUUUGUGUUGGUGCGACAGUACUUCCUCCUUCUUUUCUAAUUUGAAUAGUAUGCACAUACAACCUAAUAAAGAUUCGGUUAGAUGGGAUUCUCUGCGGGACAAUCGUAAUUUGGAGGUUGUUUAUGGGUGGGAGCCGUGUAACCAGAGCGAGGGGGAUCCAAGAAUGCGGGAGGAGACACGGUUAUCCAUGCUGAGACUGCUCGGGGCGAGGAGUCUCAUGUUGCGCAUCUUGGUAGCGAGUGCCGAGCCGGACUCUUCUAUCCUGUUCUCUCAAUUAUCCGCCGAGCUUAAGCAAUUAGACGACGAGCAUAUUCCGCACAUUCUGCAAAAAUUCGAUGCGGAUGGCAAGCAGAACAGGCCGUGCAAUAUCCUGGUCCCGCUGGAUGCCGUGGAAAGAUUACGAGAGGCUCAUUAUUCUGAGCAGUUGAGGACCGUAGCACGUCUUGCUAAGUCGCUGUCUCACUCACCGUGCCCUGAUUCGGAUUGCAUACAGAUGCUGCGGCGCUCAUCUUGCUUGCAGACGUUACCCAUUCCCGAACGGGACACGCCGGUAUCCUUCAUGAACUUCUUACUCAGAGCCACAACUUGUGGCGAAUCUUUAGCAAUCAUUAGCGCCAUAUGCAGCAGUGCGUGUGCGAUGCAGUCGAAACCACGUACUAGGCAAAAGAAGAAUAAAAAGAAAUGCAAUAAAAAUAUCGAAUCUGACGUGAUAGAUGAGACUAACGAAUCUAAGACUUGGAGAGAAGUAGCUACAUUAUUAUCGGAGAGAAUCCGAGAUUUAGACGCGGUUUUAACAGAAUUCGAAAAGUACGAGCUGCACACAGGACUGGACGAGAAUGACGAUGUGUGCGCCAACAUCGCGAAGCGCGGCCAAGCGAGUCUCCGACAAAGUUCCAGAGCCCUCAAAUCUCGUGCCCAGCUCACGUUAAGGUUUCUAAGUAACUUGAAGAGCUAAAACCACUCGACAAUAUUUGUACAAAGAGGAUCUAUCCGUCUACUUAAUAAUUUUCAAGAACUAUUCAAGGAUGAUUCUGUACAUAAUUCUUAGUCCUAAUCAAUUAUAAAUAUUGUAUGAAUGGUUUAAUGCCGAUUGAGAGAUACCUCUGAGACUAUCUUCAUUUGUGAAAAGUAUCGCGCGAUCAUUACAUCACACUGUACACUGGCGUCAUCUGACCCGCGUUCACAAUUAACACAUUGAGUGCCGCGCCGGAUUCGAGUGUGAAUUCCACCCGGGGUCCGAAUCAUCCGGCCGCCACGCGUGGUCGUAUAUGCAGAGUCCAAUUUAUACAUUGCCAGCCGCACGAGUUGUACCCGAUUAGGUAAGACUUGGUGAAAUUACUUCCAAUUAGGUAAAUAAAAUCUUCACUCCUGCAAACGGACGAGUCCCGCGGAAACUUAAGCGUCAUCCAAAUACGGAGGUGACACUCAACGUGUUAAUAAUAGAAAUGUCAUACUCUUGAAAAUGAGGCUUGUGACAGCUGUAUAAGUUCAAACAAUCGUAGAGCUCGCUCUCGCAGCUUCUUACGCCUAAAGGUGUUUGAAGGUACGCGACUGUCUCUGAUUGAUUUAAAGAUGGCUUUAUCUAUUUUUAGUUGUGCUUCUUUCAUCUCUCUUUUUACCAUUAUGGAAGUAACAUUACACAAGACACUUUAGGUAAAACCUGUUUCGCGUCCAGGUUCGUCCAUUCAUAUGAUGAAUGGAUCAUACUUUCUACAUGCAUUCUAUUUGCAUAGGACGUGUAAGAAAGUUAUUUUUAAAAAUAACACAUAUUUUUAUUACAUCUUGUAAUGUUAUAUACAAUAUUAUGAUAUACAACACAAUUUUGUAAUAUUAUAUAUAAUAUUAUAAUACACAUACACACACAUACAUAAAGAUAUUCAUUUGCAUUCAUCGUUACUAUCGAAGAAAUGUGAAAUUGAUGAAGU